GUCCAAGAAGGAAAAACCACCUUCCUCACAGGCACAGAACAUGGCCGACGAAGCCAUCCAUCUCUUUUUCUCUCUCUCUCUUCCUGAAAACAUAAAGCUCGAAAAGAAAUAUCUGAAACCCUAGCUUUCGAUUUUUUCGAUUUUGAUACUUUGUUUGGGUUGCUUGUUGUGAUCGAAGCGUCAAAUUCUCUGUGAUCUGAGAAGUUUGUGAGAUGUGUUUUUGGAGGAGUGGAGAGCGAAGAGCGACUAGUGUCAUUGUGAUCGCUCACAGUCUGCCAUUGGAUCAUUGAUGAAGCAGUUCAGAAGAUGCCAGAGGAUCCUCAUCCUCUCUCUGCUUUUCCUCUCUGUUUUAGCUCCCUUAGUUUUCGUCUCCUAUAGGCUCAAGAAUCUCGCUUCCGUUGGACGGAAAGAGUUUAUUGAAGAUUUAGCGACUAUCAAAUAUAGAAGAGAUGAUUUGAGACUGAAAGCUAUUCAACAGGAAGGUGGCGAAGGCUUGAAAGAGCCACUCCUAGUUGUUUAUAAGGAUAAGGAUCAGAAUUCUACAGCUAGUUACAGUUCAUCCGAAGAUAUUCGUGAUUUGGAGAGGUCUGUAAUCAAUGGGGACACGACAAAUGCUGUGGAUAAUAGAAACGCAGAAACGGAUAAUGAGAAAGAAGAAAGAGAUGAACAAGUUCAGCAGAGGGGGAUAUCGAACGUGUUUCAAGAAAAGGGGCAAUUUAACUCUCAGUUGCGUGAAAUAACUGAAGAAAGGACGAAAGAGAUGAGAGAUUUGCUACAUAAUAAGGAAGCUCACCAUGAUCGCAACGUGCACACUCAGUUACAGAAAGUUACAGAUGAGAAGAUAAGAGAGAUGAAAGAUCAACUAAUAAGAGCUAAAGCAUACUUAAGUUUUGCACCGCCAGGUAGUAAUUCUCAUUUAGUAAAGGAGUUGAGACUACGAAUUAAAGAGGUGGAACGAGCACUUGGUGAGCGUACAAAGGAUUCAGAGUUGUCCAGGAGUGCUUUGCAGAAAAUGAGACACAUGGAAACUUCAUUGUCUAAAGCCAGUGCGGUGUACCCUGAUUGCUCUGCCAUGGCUGCUAAGCUCCGUGCUAUGGCUCACACAACCGAAGAGCAAGUUCGGUCGCAAAAGAAGCAAGCAGCAUAUCUUGUCCAUAUUGCUGCACGAAGUACCCCAAAAGGGCUCCAUUGUCUUGCUAUGCGCCUUACUGCCGAAUACUUUGCUUUGGAGCCAGAAGAGAGGCAGCUUCCCAAGCAACAGAAGCUAAAAAAUUUGCAUGAUCAGAACCUUUAUCAUUAUGUUGUCUUCUCUGAUAAUAUUCUGGCAUGUGCAGUGGUUGUCAGCUCCACUGUUUCUGCAGCGGCGGAACCAAAGAAAAUUGUUUUCCAUGUGGUGACUGAUUCGCUCAAUUUCCCUGCAAUCUCAAUGUGGUUCAUAUUGAACCCUCCAGGCAAAGCCACAAUCCAAAUCCAGAGCAUAGACAAUUUUGGGUGGUUGUUCACCAAGUAUAAUAAUCCAAUAUUGAAGCAAGAGUCCAGUGAUUCCAGAUUUACUUUUCAACUUAACCACCUUCGUUUCUAUCUGCCCGAGAUCUUCCCUGCACUGAAUAAGGUAGUACUCUUUGACCAUGAUGUGGUGGUGCUAAGAGACCUAACUGGGUUGUGGCAUCUUGACAUGAAGGGAAAAGUAGUUGGAGCAGUACAAACUUGUCAGAAAGGAAAAUCUUCGUAUCGCCAGAUGGACACCUUUCUCAACUUUUCGGACCCUUUUGUAGCGAAGAGUUUUGAUAUCAAUGCAUGCACUUGGGCAUUUGGAUUAAAUCUAUUUGAUCUACAGGUGUGGAGAAAACAAAAUCUGACUGCCGUCUACCACAGAUACUUACAAAUGGGUUCUGAGCGACCCUUGUGGAUGGCUGGGAGUUUGCCCCUAGGGUGGGUUACCUUUUAUAAGAAAACGGUGGCUUUGGACAGGCGAUGGCAUAUCACUGGACUGGGUUAUGACUCUGAAUUGGUUCGUGGGGACAUUGAGAGAGCAGCAGUGUUACACUACGACGGAAUUAUGAAGCCUUGGUUAGAUAUAGCAAUUGGGAAGUACAAGCAAUAUUGGAACAGAUUUGUCAAGUUCGAACACCCUUAUUUGCAACAGUGCAACAUCCACGAAUAAUUGAACAUUUGCAGGAUCAUCAAUGGAGAAGGGAGUACAAUACACGUGACAAUGAUGAUUCAUAGCAGAAAAAUUUUACAGCCUUUUUUUCUUGCUUUAGGAACUGCACUUGUUCACUUUAUUCUUUUUACCAUAAUGAUUCUUCAUGUAAAGUUCCAACACAUAUUUUUCCCACAAAUUUAUUGGGCAUAUUACUCUA